AUGAUUUCCGGUGUUCCAAUGCAAGCUGUUGGUCUUGGAGUAGCAAUGGUUAUGCAACAGGCUAGCGCACUAGUUGGUGCUAAACCACAGUUUGAUGUUGUUGCUUUAGAAGGCAAGGUACGAAAAGCUAAAGCUGAAGGUCGAACGGUUACUAUGGUGAAUGGAUGUUUGUAUUUUGACUAUCAGUUAGUAGCCUAUUUGCCUCCAAAUGUAGACUUCCAUGUAUAG